AUGGUCAGGACUGGAGUUGAGGAUGAAGCCCCGGCAGAGCCACGUGGGAGAGUCUCGGGUCGCCCUCUCUCGGCUGUACUUCGUCUCUACGUGUACGCGCUGCACGGCUGCCUCUGUGAGGUGGCCUUCACCGCUGUGUGGGACUGGUGCAGCACCCAGGACAGCAGGCUGGCAGGGCACAGCAGCCUGUGGGCGCUGCCUAUGUACGCCACUGCAGUCUACCUCAUUGAGAGGCUGAGAGGCCGGCUGCUGGCUCAUCAUCUCCCACUGCCAGUGCGUCUGGUGGCCUACACCGGGUUCAUCUACCUAUGGGAGUUCAGCUGGGGGGCGGGGCUGAGGCUGCUGGGGGCCUGUCCCUGGGACUACUCCGGGUUCAGGUACAACCUGGGAGGACUGGUGACGCUGGAGUACGCAGUGCCCUGGACUGUGGCAGCAUUUAUAGCAGAGCAGCAUGUGAUCAGGAACACUCUGAGGAUUAGACUGAACUGAAUCUGGAAUCAACUACAAAGCAUUGAUGGACAUUUUUGUUUAGGAACAACACCAGUGUGAGUUUUUCACUUCAUAAAGUUGCUGCAUCCUCCUUGCUGUGUCAUUAAAUCUGACAACUUAUUUCAUUUCUACCUUUGAGCUCACUGUUUGGUAGCUUAACACAACUGACAGCUGUCAAUUCAUAGUAGGCUUUCAUUCUCUCUCGUGUUCGUUGUAAAUGUGUAGCUGCGGCCAGCAACCUGUUAGCUUAGCUUAGCAUAAAGACUGGAAACAGAGUGAAACAGCUAGCCUAGCUCCAUCCACCUACCAGCUCUGGUUGUCAGGCUGUUUGCCCCUCUAUCCACUCUUUAUACUAAGCUAAGACAACUGGCCUCUGACUGUAGCCUCAUGUUUACUGUAAAGAUACGAGAGUGGUAUUAAUCUUCUCAUCCAACUCUAACAAAGCGAAUAAGUGUUUGGUUUUGUCUUUUACAAAAUGUCGUACUGUUCCUUUAAGAGGUUUACAUUUUAUAGAAUUCAUUAAAUAACAGACAUUUAGUAAUACGACGUAUUGCAGCAGAAAUGUGUCACUGUAACCUUUAAACUUCACUGACGGUCACUGAAA